AUUAAGAGACAAAAAUGACGUUAUCGCUCUCAGCCCCUCUCUUCCUACCUCUGGAGAAAAAGAAGGGGCCAUUAGAUAGAGCUGUCAACAAUAAUGGAGGCGAGAAAAGCUGACGCUAGAUAUUCUCGAGGAAAUUGCAGAAGAAGAUGAAAAUGAAAGUGAGCUUCUUCGAUAAACCCCUAUCUCUUUUAACCCUCUUUUUCUCCCCUUUCAUUCAUUUUCUUCAAUUGCCUGCACAAAUCGGGUAAUCUGUCUCAUAUGUAGCUUUUAUUUCUUCGUCCUUCCUGUUUUGUGCCCCCUUCACUGGAAUUGAUGAUUAUGAUCCUCGUACCGUAAUUUUGCAGAAAUUUGUAAAAGAUGUGAACUUUAUGCCUUUAUGUGCAAUUGAUGUUAUGGGUUUUGUAGGGGCAUCGUUUAAAUUAGGGUUAUGGUUAUAUGUCUACAUCGUUCAGAAUUGUAGCUUCCCUUAAUGGGGAUUCCCUUGUUCUCCCUUCCUUUCGCACCCUGAACUUGGUCUGCAUCGUUCCCCAUAAUUUGCUUGGUCUCUUAGUUUUGACCAUGGGGGAAAAAAGAAAUCAAUUUUCUAGUUUUCUUCAUAUGACAAAUUACCCGCCUGUUUGUGGUUUGGUAUGUGCUAAAUCUGUUGAUGAGACAAUUAAUGGGGGUUCUGAUGAGAAAUUUUAUCUUAUUCUGCCAGCCUACAUAGAGAACUGACGGCAUAAUUUGAUUUCGAGUUGCCAAGCGAUUGAAGCUUGGUUAUCUUCUCAAUUCCAGAUUGCUCAACGGGGAGCCAUCUUAUCUGUUAGACUUGCAAGAAGGCUCCUACUUUUAUGGGAUUUCUUGUCUCUACUGCAAUUCAGAGUUAGUUGGGGUAGAGACUUUAGAUGGAUGUCACCUCUUCCGAUCCAAUCAGCAUAUCCCAAACCGAUCAUUCCCCUUUGCUUAUGGAUCGUGCCGAAAUGCAUCAUCACGACCAUGAGCACGUAACAAUAGACAUUUCAAGAAAUAACACGGCUUCUUCAUCGACGUCAUCAUCUCGUGAUGAUCUCCAUCAUGAAUCACAUCAUGAAGACAGACCUUCCAACAUCGCUGCAGAAGAAGUUCCCAAUUACCAGCCUUCUUCAACUCCGUCAACUAGGUUAAACUCUAGGAACUCAACAUUCUCGAGAAGAGGUGAUUCGUAUGGCCGGCGAAGAAGGAGUCCUUUGAAUUCCGGGUUAUGGAUCUCCGUUGAGUUGCUUAUUACAGUAGGCCAGAUUGUGGCUUCUGUUGUUGUCUUGUCGCUCUCGAGAAAUGAACACCCGCAAGCCCCAUUAUUUGCUUGGGUUGUGGGUUAUGCGUCGGGUUGUGUUGCCACCCUUCCUAUCCUAUACUGGCGGUUUCGUACUCGUAAUCAAGGUAUACUGCAAGAUCCCCUACAAGGACGUGAAGGCAGUUCACCAGCUGGGCUUCCUGAUUCUGCACCGUAUACUGCUAUCUCUAUUAGUCAGGAUGAGACGAAUGAAAGGGGUAAUCAAAUGCCGGGGAAUCUAACUACAAGAAUCAAUAGUGUAAUGGAUCAUCUGAAGAUGGGAUUAGAUUGCUUCUUUGCAGUGUGGUUUGUUGUUGGUAACGUAUGGAUAUUUGGAGGUCAUGCAAGUCCAGAUGAUGCACCCAAAUUGUACAAAUUGUGUAUAGUUUUCCUUACUUUUAGCUGUAUAGGAUAUGCAAUGCCGUUUAUAUUAUGCGCAACAAUCUGUUGCUGCUUGCCCUGCAUCAUUUCUCUCCUUGGCUACCGGGAAGAGUUUUCUCAAACUAGAGGAGCCACCACCGAGUGUAUAAAUAGUCUGCCAACGUACAAGUUCAAGUCGAAGAACGGUGGAGGCGGAUUUCGAGAUCACGACAGCUCUGGGAUGGAGGAAGGAGGAGUCUUGGCUGCCGGGACAGAGAAGGAGCGUAUGAUAUCUGGUGAAGAUGCUGUGUGCUGCAUAUGCUUAAACAAUUAUGACGACGACGAAGAACUGAGGGAACUACCCUGUGCCCAUGUAUUCCAUGUAGAGUGUGUGGAUAAGUGGCUGAAGAUCAAUGCUUGUUGUCCACUGUGUAAAAAUGAGAUUUGUGAAGGUGGGGAUGAUGGUUCCUCUCCCACGGCGCGAGAUGCUAGCAGCAACCAGCAUUGAUUUAAAGGUCUGAAGGAGAGAAACAGAUGUAUGUAGCAGAAAGUUGCAGAGGAUUUGGUCGCAACUUAGCACCAUCUUCUUCUGUUUGAGAUCUUUUUUUCUUGGUGAACUUUUCUUAUAUGUUCUUUGGCGUCCUUCGUUGGCCUUGAGCGAAGCAAAGGGCUAGAAGAAGCUAUAAGUUUUGCAGUGGGUGUGGGGGGUGAGCUAAGUAUAGAUUUGUACCAUAAUUUAGGUAACCAUGGCUGCCUCAAUCCAUUUGACACGGAUUUUUUUUAACAUUUUGUGAACUGAAAAUGUUGCACGCGUAUCCAUCCAGAUAUGAGACGGCCGGUAAGUAUGGAUAAAUUGUUAAUAAUAUUGUUAUAGCUGU